AUGUCGUUUUCAUUUGGAACUCCUUCGAGCGCUCCCGCGAGUACAGGCCUUACUGGAUUUAGUUUUGGAAAUACCAAGCCGUCUACUCCCGGGUUUGGUCUCACUGCAACUUCACAGCCUUCUACUAGCCUUUUCGGUGCCAACCAACAGGAACAGCAGCAACAACAGAGUGUUGCAUUGCCAGGUUUCGGAACAACAGCUUUUGGUUCUACGACGCCGGCGUUUGGCGCGGGCACAUCUGGGUUUGGCUCUGGCACUUCAGCUUUUGGCGCCACAUCUGCAGCACCAGCAUUUGGAACGACUACACCUGCAUUCGGAGCCACCGCUGCUCCUGCUUUCGGAGCAUCAACCACCCCGGCAUUAGGUGCUAGUGCAGCUCCGACAUUUGGUGCUACAACUACUCCAGCAUUUGGCGCCACAGGCCUAGGUACGGGAGGACUGAAUUUUGGUGCAGGCUCCAAUACUUCAACAGCUGCAACAGGUCUGUCAUUUGGAGCCCCUGCUACUUCAGCCGCUCCAGGCCUUGGAGGUGGAUUCGGGUUUGGUACUUCAAGUACACAGAGCACAGGGUUUAGCAACUUUGGUUCUACUAGCACUGCUACCACAUCUAGCAGCUUUGUACACUAUGUUCCCUUAUCCAAGUUCAUCACCAUUUCGAACUCCCCAUAUACCGGUCUGAAGUUGGGUACAACAUCAGUCACUGGCGCACAACCUUCCAUUUCAGCAACACAAAGUUUUGGUUUAGGCGGAGUUGCCACAUCAGCAAGUGGUAUUGGGGCAGCAAACACUACAGCCAAUGCCAAAAGUGAGCCUCCAAAACAAAAUAAAUUGCCCAAUGAAAUAUCAACUACAGUGGACUCGUUCAAAGAGUUUGUUAAGAAACAGAAGUCUUUGAGUUCGGAAGUCAUGCGAGUAUCAAUAAAGCCUCUACACAAGGUGUCGCGCGAGGCGGACGCGACGCUGCGCGCGACGGGCGCGCUGUGCGGGGACGUGGCGCGGGGCCGCGCGCACUCGCGGCGCCUGCGGGCCGCCGCCGCCGCCGCGCUGGCCGCCGCAGAGGCCGCCAGCAGGGACUACACCGCCCCCGGUCUAGAACUAGAAGGCACGGCUCCACCUCACUAUGUCAAAGAGUUGAUAUCGGAAUUGGAACAGCAGCUUAUUACGUUCAGAAGACAGAUGGAAGUUGCUGACAAACAAAUGCAAUCAUCUCCGAAACUGCUUACGGAACAAGAAUUAACAUUAGGCAUAAGACGGAUGCACGAGUCACUAGUCGCAUUAGCAGGCCGCCUACAAGCCGUACACACGCAAGUUGAGGCUCAGAAAGAGCAAUAUCUUAAUUUGCGCAAGUAUAUACUCAAGGACCCCACAAAUGUGUUCGAUGCGCCGUAUCGUAAGUUAACCUUCUAA